UCCACCCGCAAACGGCUCCUACGGUGAGAAAAAAAAAGAGAACAGAACAGUUUCAAACACGUCGGCAUAAAUCUCACAUCCAGAGCUCCCCUUUUCUCUUUCCCCUCCUGACGGACUUCAUUACUUUAUUCCUCUGCGCACCAAUGCCCGAGACCACGCCGAAGCGAAGGAUUUUUUUCCCUUGAGCAUGAAAAGGAUUGCCAAAUCAUCCGCAAUCCAACAUCACCGACUGAGCCACCAGCAUGAGCACUGGAUACAUAUGCUCCAGCAGAAGUUGUUGGCUCGAGAACUAACACAUCUUGGACCACAAAUACAGCUAAGAGGGGAGAGUCAGUUUUAGGUCUCCACAUAAUGGAGCGAGAAUGAACAGAGAGCGGCUUAAAAAAAAGCAUGAACUGGAGGUUUAUUGAGGUCAUCUGCUUCCUGUUUAUAUGGGACCAUAUAACAGUUCAGUCUUCCCGCCAGGACCCGUUGGCCACUGAACAACAUGUCACCAAGCAAUAUGACUGGCUCAUCUCUGACCGUGGACCUUUCCACCACUCUCGGAGUUAUCUGUCCUUUGUGGAAAGAUUCCGCCAAGGAUUUACGACCAGAUAUAAAAUUUAUAGGGAAUUUGCACGUUGGAAGGUGAGGAACACAGCCAUCGAGAGGAGGGACCUGAUCCGGAACCCCGUGCCACUCAUGCCUGAGUUCCAGCGCAGCGUACGCUUGCUGGGCCGCAGACCCACAACUCAGCAGUUCAUCGACACCAUCAUCAAGAAAUAUGGAACCCACAUUCUCAUCUCAGCCACCCUGGGAGGAGAGGAGGCACUGACUAUGUACCUGGCCAAAAACAAGCUGGACAGGAAGCUUGCCAACGCUACUCAGAACGUGGAAGCUCUUCAUCAGCUGGCCUCGUCCUACUUCAUUGACCGUGACGGCACGAUGAGGAAGCUGCAUGAGAUCCAAAUUUCCACCAAUGCCAUCAAGGUGACGGAGACACGGACGGGGCCACUGGGAUGCAGCAGCUAUGACAAUCUGGACUCAGUUAGCUCUAUCCUUCUGCAGAGCCCUGAGAGCAAGCUUCAUCUGCAAGGUCUUCAGGUGAUUUUCCCAGAAUACCUGCAGGAGAAAUUUGUCCAGUCAGCCCUGAGCUACAUCAUGUGCAAUGGAGAGGGAGAGUACGUGUGCAGUAACAACCAGUGCAUCUGUCAGUGCGCCGAGGACUACCCCCAAUGCAACUGUCCCAUCACCGACAUCCAGAUCAUGGAGAACACCCUGUUGGGGAUGUCUGAGUCCUGGGCAACCUCUUAUAAAGACUUUGAAAACUCUGAUGAGUUCAAGUCCUUCCUGAAGAGGCUGCCCUCCACUCACUUCCUCCCCAUCAGCAGUGUGCAUCUCCUGUGGGGCAGCGACUGGGACCUUCAGGCUCGCUACAGGCUCCUUCAGAGUUCCCUGGAGAUCCAGCGGCUCAGGAUCCAGCGUACUGCCCGCAAGCUCUUUGGCCUCAGCAUCCGUUGUCACCACAACCCCAACCACCAGAUGCCUAGAGAGAGAUCUGUGAUGCAGUGGCUCAACAGGGUUCAGUCUUUCCUCUACUGUAACGAGAACGGGUUCUGGGGGACCUUCCUGGAGAGCCAAAGGACAUGCGUGUGCCACACAGGUGUUACCUUAUGCCAGCGACCCAUCCCAUGUGUCAUAGGUGGCAACAACAGCUGUGCCAUGUGCAGCCUGGCCAACAUCUCACAAUGUGGCUCCUGCAACAAGGGCUACAAGUUGUACCGUGGUCGCUGUGAGCCCCAGAAUGUGGACUCAGAACGUAGCGAGCAGUUCAUCAGCUUUGAAACUGAUCUGGACUUUCAGGACCUGGAACUCAAAUACCUGCUACAGAAAAUGGAUUCCCGACUCUACAUCCACACUACUUUCAUCAGUAAUGAGAUCCGACUAGAGACCUUCUUUGACCCUCGAUGGCGUAAGCGCAUGUCCCUGACUCUCAAGAGUAACAAAAACCGGAUGGACUACCUCCACAUGAUAAUCGGUCUAUCGAUGAAAAUCUGCCAGAUGCGAAAUAGCAGCAUUGACCCCAUGUUCUUUGUUUAUGUCAACCCAUUCAGUGGUAGCCACUCUGAAGGCUGGAGCAUGCCCUUUGGGGAACAUGGUUAUCCACGCUGGGAAAAGGUACGACUGCAGAACUCUCAGUGCUUCAACUGGACUCUCCUGCUGGGCAACCGCUGGAAGACCUUCUUUGAGACGGUGCACAUCUACCUGCGUAGCCGCGCUAAAAUCCCAACUGGCCUACGCAAUGACACGGGACAGGGUCCAGUUGAUCUUGGAGACCCUAACAAGCGGCAGAUCUACAUUAAAAUAUCUGAUAUCCAAGUGUUCGGCUACAGCCUGCGCUUUAAUGCCGACCUGCUCCGUAGUGCUGUGCAGCAGGUUAACCAGUCGUACACACAGGGAACUCAGUUCUACUCAUCCUCAUCUGUCAUGCUCCUACUACUGGACAUUAGGGAUCGGAUUAACCGCCUUGCCCCUCCAUCUGCACCUGGUAAACCCCAGCUGGACCUCUUCUCCUGUAUGCUAAAGCAUAGGCUCAAGCUCAACAACAGCGAGAUGAUUCGAGUAAAUCAUGCCUUGGACAUGUACAGCACAGAGAUACUAAAACAAUCAGAUCACCUGACUGCUAAACUCUGCUGAACAUUGUAACAUUAACACAAGGACAGCAACCAGAAACACCCAACAAAUGAACUACACGGGGAUAUUAAUCUUAAUUUUCUUUUCUCUUUUUGGACCUUUUCUGCCUUUUGAUGUAAUAUUAACUUUGUAAGCAUAAUUCUUAAAGAGAUAAAGGAAAAAGGCAGUGAUGAAAAGCAUUUCAGAUUAAGAUAAAGAAGAUUAAUGGAACCACUAUAAAGACUGUAUCAUAUUUGUCCCAGCAUGUCUGUCAUUCCCUAAAAGAACUUAAAAGAGAAAAAAAAAAAAAAAAAUUAAAUCUAUGUACUGGUGAAAAAGAGGCCUUGAUUUUAAUCUGAGGGAUCAAAGGUUAUAUCUGAAACUGCCAUUCUUUACUGAGAAAAACAUUUUUAAAGGAAUAACAAUAUAACACAAGGGCAGACCAGAUAUCCUUUUAUUUCAGCUAAUGUGCAAAGUAUUUCAGACAUAACAGACAGUUUAAUAUUUAAAAAAAAAUGUUUAUACAUUGUAAGGAUUAAAUAGCCCUAGUGAAUAAGUAGUCAACACAUUACUUAUAGACUCUUUAUUACAUUUCAAACCCACAGCAACUCUGCAUUGUGAGUUAUGCGGCACUCUGUCAUUGUUCUGACACAUAAGGCACACAGCAGGGCAGUAAUGGAUAGUCAUGUCAAAUAACAAAAGCCAGCUGUUUAUAUAUACAUAUAUAUGUGGAUGAAUGUAUGUGUGCGUGUGCAAAUGUGCGUAUACCUUUUUUUGGCUUGAUGCUUAUUGCUGUUCGUUAAUUGAAUGUGUCAUUUGAGAUUGACUCCAGUCUAAGCAAAAUCUUGCAUUUGGAGCGCUUCUUCCCGUGUUUGAAAUUCAAGCUGUGUUUUUCACAAGGCAGUACCUCCUGGUGCGUGAGUGCAAUAUUGUGGUCUGAAGAUUUAACAAUCAAUGCUAUUUUGUACAGCUUUGCAAAAUGUACAUGUUGUGACUGCUGAUUUGUGGAGCUUUUCCGCACCAAGAGCAAAAUGUAAACAUUCAUCAUUCAGGCACAUUUGCAAGACAACCUAAAGCCAUACACUUCCCUGAGGUAGACAUACAGUAAGACAUCAAGUCCAUCCCCGUUUCACGAAAGUACGUACAUUUAAAAAAAAAAAAAAUGUUCCAUUUGUAUGUUUUUAUUUUGUUCUCUCAGUUUUUAGAUAA